GGAAACACACGAUACCGGAAAACGAUUACGCAUGUACGUUAUUUACUUCCGGGAAGUCGUGUGUGUGGAUUCUCAACGCCAACAUGCUUGAUUUAUUUACAAUUUUUAGCAAAGGAGGAAUCGUCCUCUGGUGUUUUCAGAGUACCAGUGAGAUAUUCACUCCAUCGGUCAAUGCACUGAUUAAAAGUGUUAUUUUACAGGAGAGAGGUGGGAAUAAUGCAUUUGACCAUGAAGCACUCACACUUAAGUAUAAGCUGGACAAUGAGUUCGAGUUGGUGUUUGUGGUGGCAUAUCAAAAGAUUUUACAGCUUUCAUAUGUGGACAAGUUCCUGAAUGAUAUACAGAUGGAGUUCCGUGACAAAUAUAAAGAUGACCUGACACAAGGGAAUCUGUCGAGAAAUUUCAACUUUACGGAAGACUUUAAAACAUUGUUGAAGAUAGCUGAAGACAAUGUGAGGAAGGAAGCUCAAAAGCCGAAGGUGAUGAAAAGUUUUGAAGAAUCCCAGAAAUCAAAAAAGACAGUGGCAUCUAUGAUUGAGAACAAGAAGGAAACGCCAAAGUCUGUCAAGGAGCAGAAGAAAAAGGCUGCUGAGGCUAUGAAAGUAGCUAAGGCAGCUGAACAGACCACUGUGAGUAAUGGUACAUUGGAUGAAGAGACUAUUAGGAAGAACAUCGAGAAAAAGUUUGGCCUCAACAAGAAGCCCAAGGCAGAGAAGGCCAAGACAGAGAGCCCUGAUGCCAACAAAAAGAAAGGAAAACAAGCACGAAAGUGGGACAAGGGUGGAACAGCCAAAGAGAUGCGUGAGCUUGACUUUAGCGCCGCCAAUGGUGACGGUGAUAAAGGUAAAGACAGGGACCUGGAUGAGACUUUACCCACAGAGGAAGAUCUGGCCAUGCUUGGUUCAAUGAGUGGUAACCUAGGUGACUUGGAAGAGGAAUCAAGUGAGGAGGAGGAGGAGUCUGAGGAAGAGGAGGAGGAUACCCCUGUCCAACAGAAGAGUGCAGGGAAAUCCAAAGGUUUUGGCAUGUUCAAUGUGUUCAAGGGUUUGGUGGGCUCCAAGACUCUGACCAGAGAUGAUAUACAAGAUGUCCUGAAUAAGAUGAGAGAUCAUCUGAUUUCCAAGAAUGUUGCUGCUGACAUUGCUGCCAAGCUGUGUGAUUCUGUGGCCACUAAAUUGGAAGGGAAAGUCUUGGGAACAUUUAACACUGUGGCAUCCACUGUGAGAAACACCCUCCAAGAAGCCUGCGUGCAGUUGCUGUCACCCAAGCGCAGAAUUGACAUCUUGCGUGACGCCAUGGAGGCCAAGCAACAAAACCGUCCCUACACCAUUGUGUUCUGUGGGGUGAAUGGGGUUGGGAAGAGCACCAAUCUCGCUAAGGUUAGUUUCUGGCUGGUGGAAAAUGGCUUCCGGGUGUUGAUUGCUGCAUGCGACACGUUCCGUGCAGGCGCAGUAGAACAGCUGCGUACCCAUACGCGCAAGCUGAAUGCUCUCCACCCUCCCACCAAACACAAUGGCAUGCAGAUGGUCCAGUUAUAUGAGCAGGGGUAUGGGAAGGAUGCUGCAGGGAUUGCCAUGCAGGCCGUGAACUAUGCUCGUGACUACAAGUUAGAUGUUACUCUUAUUGACACGGCAGGUAGAAUGCAAGACAAUGAACCACUGAUGAGAGCUUUGGCCAAGCUCAUCAAAGUGAACCAGCCAGACCUAGUCCUGUUUGUUGGCGAGGCCCUGGUAGGCAACGAGGCAGUUGACCAGCUGACCAAGUUUAACCAGGCCUUGGCUGACCAUUCCCAGAUGGAGAAUCCUCGCCUCAUCGACGGUAUUGUGCUGACCAAGUUUGACACCAUUGAUGAUAAGGUUGGUGCUGCUGUCUCCAUGACCUACAUCACUGGUCAGCCCAUAGUGUUUGUGGGCACUGGGCAGACAUACACUGACCUCAAGAACCUCAAUGCCAAGGCCGUGGUCAGUGCCCUUCUGAAGUGAUUUGUUUAUUAAUUAUCCACCUACUGGACGAGAACAGAGAGGUGCGAAAUGUUGUCCAUACAAACUUAAGGAUUCUGUUGUUUUUGUUUUGAAAACAAAGCAUUUUAGGACUGGAAGUUAUCUGAGGAUGUUUUUUGAUUAUCUAUAUCAGAUGCUUUUUUUUAAUGAGAGAUUUGUUACAUGAUGAAAAGGUUAGAAGUUGUUGUAUUUUCAUUGCAAAACUAGAUACGGGUGAAGAGCAUUGUUGUGUUGUUUUGUUCUAAACUAAACUGAGAAAUUUGUGAAUUAGUAUUAUGAAAACAGUAUUGGGUGAGAUAUUAAAUGAUUUAAGGUUUGAUUGAAUACUGUGCAGUUUAGGGAAUUGGGCUUCUAACUGUGCCGUAGGGGCAAAGAGUUUCACUUGUUCAGCAGAAGGCUCUCUAGUGACAGAGAGAAAAAUUUUUGAGCUGCUUUUUAGAGGCAGCAAAAGUGUAUUCUUUUGCAUGUCUAUAAGGUGAAAAGUUUUGGUCUUCUGUCAGAAACACUUCUUGUUCUUUAUGGAUUUAUUUACUUUCUUGUGAUAUAAAGAGGUCAUAAAAUGUAGGUCAUAAAAGAGGUCCACCUCAACUCCUGGUCACAUUGAUUUAUUACUGGGUGAUUGUGGCUUUUAAUUCAUUUGGAAUUUAAUCUUUACCACAUUGUUAUAGAUCUAAAUCAGUAAUUGGUGAGCUUGGUGUUCUCUUUGCUGGUCAUAACAGUAGUGCAGGUCAGGAUUUUUUGUCUGUACCUUUUGAGAAUAAUUGGCUUAGGAUUUAAGUCAAAUAUUAUAUAUCUAUCAUAAGUGGCAGGUUUUAAUUCAUUUUCUGCCCUUUUUCUUUGCUGUAAAGGUAAAAUGUUUAAGUGCAAUUAUUUAAAUUUUAUAAAAGCUGACCCUUGAUUUUGUGAGAUGAGUGUAAAUGUGAUAAAGGUAAGAUUGGGUUGGUUAUAUGCAAGGUAAAUAACAGCAGCUGAAACAUUUACAGCUGAUAUUGGAUUUCUAUUUCUGAAUUGCAAACCUUCUUCCAGUUUGGCAGUAUGGUCAAAGUUGGUUGACGUGUGUAAAACAGAUGUGCAAAAUUUCCAAAAUAGCAUACAGAAUAUUCUGUCAUCCAAAAGUUUUCUCAAUAUUUUAAUGAAUGUUACCUAUAGUGACUGUUGGUGGAUCCAUGUUAGAUAUGAAUAGGAUUUCUGCUUGAUGCAUGUUUGUACUGUUACAGUAUAAAUCUCAUAGUUUGUGACCAUUUCCAAAGCAUAGCAUGAAGCAUUUGCUUAUGGUGAAGGUUAUAUAUUGAGCUGCUGUAUUUGGAUAUAUUUAAAAAAAAAAUAUCUUUUUUUUUUGUUUUUUGUUUUUUUUGAAAUAAUCAUAGGAAAUCCCCUUGUGUUUUUUUCAGGUUGUAAGUAGAAUUGGUCUUGGGUGCGGGAUAAUGUGGUAACACAUUGUUGACAAAUAAUCAGCAAAUAUUACACUGUUCAUAUGAUACAUAUCUUAAAUUUCAGAGAGAGGGAAUAUGUAUGUUAUUGGUUUUUAUUAGGACAGUCACUGUAGUUUGUAAGUCGUUUGAUGGGGAUACACAGAAACCAUCUCUCAAUAGUUGCAAAGUGAAGUCAUUUUGUUAAAACUUCUCAUUUAAUUAGCUUAACAUUUUAAGGUGCAUGACAAAGAUUGUAGUCAUUGUUAUUUAUUUAGAGAAUGGAAUAUUAGGAGGGGACAGAUCUCCCUCAAUGUCAUUCAUGUAAAUAAUAAAGCAAUUUAAACGCAAAGGCGGAAUGAUUAUGGCUGCCAAAAUGCUAAAUGUAACAGAUGAGUUUGUGCAUGGGAUUUCCAUAGUUUAUGAUCAGUUAACAUCCUGGGUCAAGUUUCACCAACACUGAUCCAUUGGA